AUGGGACCUCGGGUUGCCACAAAAAUUGUGCCCAGUAGGCUGCACCUGCGGGAGAUCCCCCACGGGGGAAGAGCUCAGGGACGCGCCUUUUGGCGGCCUUUGUCACCGACCCGCCCGAGGGCACCUCUAGCUUGGAGGGAGCCUGCUGACGAGCAGGAAUCUCUUGACAAGAUCUCGGGAUCCUUAGUAGCAGAGAAAAACGCCAGCAGAAGUUCCUGUUAUCUGCAUUAUCCGCCUUCCAUAAUUUCGCAUUUGAGAUGCUCCAGUAGGAGAAGACCCUGUCACGAGGAAAACAUCGCCACCUUUAUCCUGCGUGGGAAGCAGAAAAAUGUGUUCCUGGGACGAUCAAAGCUCUGGUCGGGUAUUUCCAUCUCGUCGAAUGAUUCAACCAGGCUUAAAUCCCCCGCUUCUCCCCGCUGCAGCGUCCAGCGGCACCAGGUAAGGCCUAAGGAGCGGGCCCCUGACAGCCCCUCGCAGCCCCUCGCAGAGCUCACGACAGCUUUGUCCCUUCGCUCAGCUUCGAGCAAGGGGCAGAGGUUGAGGCGAGCAGCCAACACCUCGCUCGCACUCCCCAAGACAUCUGGAGUAAAGACACCUGACAUGAGGUGCCGGAGAGCCGUGAGUGGAGGGCACAUCGAGGGGUGCGCGGACAGGGACGGGAAAGCAAACCGCAAAGGCGCUCCGCCGGGAACGGGAACGGGAAAGUCCUCACACCAGCACUGCCCGUCCGGAGCGGGCGAGCUGCCGGGCAGGGAGGCGAAUUGCUGCGCCGAGCGCCCAGGGAAGCGCUGCCGGCGGAAGGAGGCGGCGGGGGGCGCGGCGGGGGAGGGCCGGCAGCACCUGCCGGGCCCAGCGGAGCUGCCCAGCCCCGUGCCCGCGCCCUCCUUCCCUCCCGCCCGCCCCAGUGCUCAUGCGCGGAGCAGCGCCCCGACCAUUCCCUCUCUGUUCGCAGGCGCAUUCCUGCUCUCCGGCCCGGUGCGCGGCAGCGACAGCUCGGCUUCUACUGCUAUCACAUGCUUUACAAGAGGACUUGACCUCAGAAAGGGAACAGAAGAUGUCCUUUGCCCAGCUAACUGUCCUCUGUGGCAGUUUUAUGUCUUUGGGGAUGGAGUUUAUGCCUCUCUUUCAAGUGUCUGUGGAGCUGCCAUACACAGCGGGGUGAUUACCAACACGGGAGGAGCUGUAAGGGUACAGACUCUCCCAGGACAGGAAAACUACCCUGCUGUAAAUGCCAAUGGGAUCCAGUCUCAGGUGCUCUCUAGAUGGGCUUCAUCUUUCUCAGUGACUGGUGCCAAGGACACAGCACUUGAAGCAGUGGGACGGUCGGUGUCGACAGCGCGUCCUUCUACAGGCAAAAGACCUAAGAAGACUGUUGAUAAAAAGGCUGGAAACAAAGACUGCAAAGCUGAUAUUGCAUUUCUCAUUGAUGGAAGCUACAACAUUGGCCAACGCAGGUUUAACCUGCAGAAAAACUUUGUUGGAAAAGUAGCUGUAAUGUUGGGAAUUGGAACAGAAGGGCCUCAUGUUGGAGUUGUACAGGCCAGUGAAAAUCCAAAAAUUGAAUUCUAUCUGAAAAACUUUACUACUGCAAAAGAAGUUUUGUUUGCCAUAAAGGAAUUAGGGUUCAGAGGAGGCAAUUCCAACACAGGGAAAGCUUUGAAGUACACAGCUCAGAAAUUCUUCUCUUUGGACAAUGGAGCCCGGAAGGGAAUUCCCAAGAUCAUUGUAGUGUUUCUGGAUGGCUGGCCCUCAGAUGAUCUCGAAGAGGCCGGCAUAGUGGCCAGAGAAUUUGGAGUCAACGUGUUCAUUGUGUCUGUAGCAAAACCCACAACAGAGGAGCUGGGAAUGGUGCAAGACAUUGGUUUUGUUGACAAAGCUGUCUGUCGAAACAACGGCUUCUUCUCGUACCAAAUGCCCACCUGGUUUGGUACGACCAAAUACGUGAAGCCUCUUGUCCAAAAGCUGUGCUCACACGAGCAGAUGUUGUGUAGCAAGACUUGCUACAACUCGGUCAACAUCGCUUUCCUGAUAGACGGCUCCAGCAGCGUGGGGGAGAGCAACUUCCGCCUGGUGCUGGAGUUCGUCAGCAACGUGGCCAAAGCCUUUGAGAUCUCUGACAUCGGCUCCAAGGUGGCGGCCGUGCAGUUCACCUACGACCAGAGAACCGAGUUCGGCUUCACAGACCACCUCAGCAAGGACAAGGUGCUCUCGGCCGUCCGCAGCAUCCGCUACAUGAGCGGGGGCACCGCCACGGGCGACGCCAUCUCCUUCACAACCAGGAACGUCUUUGGGCCAGUGAGAGAUGGACCCAACAAGAACUUCCUCGUCGUUCUGACUGAUGGGCAGUCGUAUGAUGAUGUUAGAGGACCCGCUGCAGCUGCACAAAAAGCAGGAAUAACCGUCUUCUCUGUUGGUGUUGCCUGGGCACCUCUGGAUGAUCUGAAAGACAUGGCUUCUGAACCAAGAGAAUCUCAUACUUUCUUCACCAGGGAAUUCACAGGACUGGAGCAGAUGGUUCCUGAUAUUAUUAGAGGCAUCUGUAGAGAUUUUUUGGAGUCUAAACAAUAAAAAAAUCUUCUGUUCACUAUUCCUAUUUGCAGCUAAAAAUCAUGAAAUUGGAAUGGUCCCUCUAAAGUACAGAUGUUUUAUUCUUAUAUAUACUAUCAUAAUACAGAGGAAGAAGAAGGGCUACUUUUUGUUCCUGCAAUCAAAGAUUGUUGUGAGCUUGUUAGAAGUUGUACCUGAUACUGAAAUGUGGAAUUUGGCCAACAGUUAAUAUUUUCAGCAAGCAUAUAACAUCCCAAAGUUUAAAGCCUUGCAUAUCAUGCACUUAAGAAUAGCAGAUACUCAGAGGAAGUAAUACAGCUCUGACACUUUUUCUGCUAUUUGCUAGAUACCUUCUUAUGAGUUAAAAAUAAUAUUACUUUAAAUACAAGGUACUAUCUUCUAUAAGCUUUCUGUAGCUUACAGUUCUGUAUCUUUUCAAAGAGUUCUGCUCACAACACAAAGUUAUUUCAGCUCUCCUGUUGUGCAACAUCCACUAUUUCCAGGCAGCUUAAGAAAAGAUGUGGCAGAUUGUAGCUGAAAGAGUCUAUUUUUACUAGUUGGAGUUUUGCUGGAUCUGGUUGGCAAAUUUUACAUCAAAAGUCAUCUAAAUUCUACCCACAGAUUUCUGUGGAUCUAUUUGGUUGGUUCUUUUGGCACAGAAUUUUAAAGUUCUUUGAGGAUCUGGAUUCUGACAUAUUAGCUACUACUGCUGCUUUCUGCACCACUGAAGUUAGCAGUGAUAUUCCAAAUAUAACUGACAACCGGAUAUUUCCUGUCUGCUGCUUUGUACUCUCUUGAUUUGACAAAGUUGUUAUUGGCCAGACAGUUAGAGACAGGAAUUGUGGGCCAAAAGAUUAAAUUAGACCACACAGUGGAAACUGAAAGCAUUCAAAUUUAAGUCCAGAGGUCUAAACCUAAUAGAUUUAUAUCAGAUUACAUGGUCAGAAAAGAAGAGAGUAGACAGACCCAUUAAGUGGGAUUUAGUAGUUCACAGAAUAACAACUUCAUAAUGGUAGUAAAAACAUCUUUAUAGAUGUAUGAGGUUUUCCUGAAGAUGAAAGAAUAGUUUUAUUGAAAAAGGCUUUCAUCUGAUUACAUACCUAGUAAUGCUGAUAUAUUCAUGUGCACACACAUGUGGUUAAAAGGAUGUGAUAUUCACCAAGUUAUUCCAAAGUCCUGGUGUGAAUAACAUACUCCAAAUAUUUGUUAAAAAAUAAAGGGGGGUUGCAAAUAAAAUAUAGAGUAGAAAACAAAACAGCACUUUCCCUAUCAAUCUGGGGUUUCCCCUUAUCCUCUUUCCCACUAUUGAUUGUAAAAUUUCUAGUAGUUAUGGAGUGGCACAGAAGGGAUUGUAUUCACUGGGCUUUUGCUGUGCACUUUUUAAUAACUUAUAACUGGCUAUAUAUUACUCUAAACAUAAAUGGCAAAGAUGCCUUGUAUUUUUCUAGUAAUGUUUAUCCCUAAUUUUGUUACAUGUUUAUAGAUAAGAGUAUUAAGCUUUUGCUGUAUAAAUUCAUAUGCUGUAUCAACUUUGUGCAAAAAUUUAA